AUGCUGAGGGUCAAAAGCUCUCGUCGUCCCCAGGGACUGAAACCUGGUGACUAUGAUCACGAAAUCGAUCUCGUCGACCACGAUGCUGUUCGGACGCCCGCCGAGUCCAUCACCCCUGAGCCCGCCAGCAUGGCGAGGUGCUCGACGACCUCGCGCCUGCUAGCCCUAGAUGACGACGAGGAAACGGAACAUCGACAGAACGGAGAGAAUGGGCACCAGCAUAACGGACAGAACGGACAAAACAAGAAGGACGAUGGUGAACAGCAUAGGCAGGACGACUCGCAGACUGAAGACGGCAAUGGCCCUGGAUCAUCCUCAUCUCGAGUUCCUAAUGGAGAAGAUCUGCCGCACCCCAUGAUGAGGCCAUCGAUUGAGGUUCAAGAGCCCACACCCCAAGCCUUCCAUGGAGAUCAUCCUCAAGUCAUGACCAAGAAACCCCACAUCGAGCGCGAGACUGCGAUAGACAUCUUGUACGAGAAUGAGAGAGGUGGUUUCCUCUGUGGCAUCGCCCUCUUCUCUGGCCGGGCCCUUGGAGGCCUUGACCCGCCUGCUUGGACCAAUGCCUACCACAAGGCAUCGCCGACUAAUAUUCAGACUGCUCAAGUCCCAGACCCUACCUGGGAAUGGGCAUGGCCUGAGUGGCGCGUCAAUCACCAGGAGGGCGUCGACGAAGAAGGCUGGGAAUACUCGUUCCAUUUCUCUAAAAAGUUCUCGUGGCACCGCGGCAAAUGGUGGAACUCGUUCGUCCGACGGCGUGCCUGGACACGCAAGCGGGUGAGAAAGAGGCCCGAGGAUGCCUCGACGGAUCCACACAUGCUCAACGCCGACUAUUUUGCGAUACGCCCUGCUUCAUACAAGUCUCACCAGUCGCGAGCGAGCGUGGCUAGCAGCCGUCUCAGUCGCUCGAGCAUGAGCCAGAUUUCGGCUGCGGACGAGAAGCCACCCGACAUCGAGCACAUCGAGGACCUUAUGGAGACCCUUCGACUGGCCAGGAUAGACAGGGAGAAGCUCGACGCCGUUGACAGUUACCUGGAGCACGGGACAGACCUCGCCAAAUUGCAGGACGAAAUGCACGAUAUCAUGUCAUUGUUUGUUUUCCAGGCAUCACGGCGCAUACUGCUCAGCCGCCUAAUGCAGGUUCACGACGAAACGACAACACAACUCAAGAAGACAAACACAACAGAGCUGCGGGAGCGAAACCAGGCGCUCAAGGAUGCUGUGCACCACGCGGACGAAGAGGUGCGAAAGCUGGCUUACUGGAGCGAUGUCAAGCAAAUGGCCGAAAGCGGCGAGGCCAAGGACGCCGUCAAGGGCGACAAGGGAUGGGAUGAGAGUUGGGAGGGUGUAGACCAGAGCGGAGCAUCCCAUCCGGUACCAGACAAUGCCAAACCCAAUGGGAAAUAA